GCUUUUGUGCUCGAAGUUGGUUACCAUGCUUGGAUUUAAUAAAUUGUUUGAUAAGUUGCAUUUGUAGCAACCAAGUGGGGAAUUUGACUCAUGUAGUAUUUGGGGCACUUGGUUAAAUUCACUUUUGUACCCUUGCUUAAAACAUCCCUUAAAGUUCUAUUACCUUCAUCCCAAAAUACAACCACAAAACUCCUUUUUUAUUUGUUGCUGCCUGCCAUUAUGAUUGUACUGAAAAUUAUGCAUCUUAUGGGAGCAUUGUAUUUUUCGUGAAUACCAUGAGCGCCUUCAGGAAAUUGGUGCUGAUUAGUGAUUGGAGGCCAAAGUUUAGGUUUUGAAGUAGUUAUGGCAGAAGGUACGGAAGUUGAAGAGCGGGUGGAUCUUGAUGAGGACAAUUACAUGGAAGACGAUGAUGUUGAAGAACAGAUAGAUGAUGAUGAGGAUGGUGCAGAUGGAGCUGGGUAUGAUAAUGAUGAAGAGAAUGUGGAAGAAGUACAUGAGGACUCUAUAGCUGAGGCUAGUGGUAAAGACCAGUCACCAGAUACAGAUAGAGGACACGUUGCCUCUGAAUCCAUUGAAGAUGAAGAAAGGCCUACUGCUCCUAUUGAUGAGGAGAAAAAGGAGAAGUGGGCUGAACUUCUUGCCCUUCCUCCGCAUGGGUCUGAAGUUUUCAUUGGUGGACUUCCUCGAGAUGCCCGGGAAGAAGACUUGAGGGAUCUCUGUGAGCCAAUAGGCGAAGUUCUCGAGGUAAGAUUGAUGAAAGAUAAGGAUACUGGUGAUGCCAAGGGUUAUGCUUUCAUAGCAUUUAAAACAAAAGAGGUUGCACAAAAGGCCAUUGAAGAGAUACAUAGCAAAGAAUUCAAGGGUAAAACCUUAAGGUGUUCACUGUCCGAAACUAAGCACAGAUUAUUUGUCGGUAAUGUUCCAAAGAGCUGGACAGAGGAUGAGUUUAGAAAAGUCAUUGAGGAGGUUGGUCCAGGACUUGACAGCAUUGAGCUUAUAAAGGAUCCUCAAAAUCCAAGCAGAAAUCGUGGCUUUGCUUUUGUUUUGUAUUACAAUAAUGCUUGUGCCGAUUAUUCAAGGCAGAAAAUGUCAAGUGUGAAUUUCAAGUUGGAUGGCAAUACCCCGACUGUCACCUGGGCUGAUCCAAAGAGUACGCCUGAUCAUGCUGCUGCUUCUCAGGUUAAGGCUCUUUAUGUGAAAAACAUUCCGGAGAACACUAGUACUGAAAAACUGAAGGAACUAUUUCAGCGCCAUGGAGAAGUAACGAAAGUGGUUAUGCCACCUGGCAAAGCUAGUGGCAAACGAGAUUUUGGAUUUAUCCAUUAUGCUGAAAGAUCAAGUGCAUUGAAGGCUGUUAAAGAUACAGAGAAAUAUGAAAUUGAUGGCCAAGUGUUGGAGGUUGUACUUGCUAAACCUCAGACUGAUAAAAAGUUUGAAGGUUCUUAUCCCCAUAAUGCUGGGCCUCAUCCAAACCAUCUUCCACAUCCUGGAUAUGGCGGUUUUGCUGGUAAUCCAUAUGGUUCUCUAGGGGCUGGAUAUGGCGUUGCCACUAGUUUUCAGCAGCCAGUGAUAUACGGUAGGGGUCCAAUGCCAGCAGGAAUGCAUAUGGUCCCAAUGGUUCUACCAGAUGGUCGAAUUGGUUAUGUUCUCCAGCAGCCAGGCAUGCAGGUACCAUCUCCAUCCCCAUCUCCAUCCCCUCGGCCUCGCAGAAUAGAUCGGAGCAAUGGUCCAAGUGGACAACCAGGUCGAGGAGGAGGUGGUGAUGAAGGCAAUCGUGGCAGGAGGUACCGACCCUAUUAGUGGUAGAGGACUGGGAAGACAUCUAGUUUUUCUGUUUUUCUUUUUUCUUUUUGGGAAAGCAACAUAUUGUAGUUGAAUGACUAGUUACAUCAAUUGAAAUAACCCCUUCCUCCCCCCCCCCCCCCCCCCCACCCCCCCCCCCCCCCCCCCCACUUUCUCUGGACUUAAAAAGAGGGAAAGAAAAAAAAAAAAAAAAUUAGAAUUAGGAAGUGAGGUAUCCCUUUAACUUAAAUGUUGGUGCCCCAGUGCUGUUAGGUUUUGAUUAACAGUAUUUGUUUCUUAUAUAUUAACUUUCAUGUGUGAAAUGCAUUCUCUUGGCAUUUUUUUGACACAUUGCUGAAAAAUGUUGCUGUUGCUAGAUCAAUAGAAUUUACGCUUCUGAUCA